AUACGCUCAGACCACGUUACUUGGAAUCAGAUUGACCGUAGCGGCCGAACGUGCACGUACGUCGAAUGCGAACAAAAGUUAGUGAAUAGUAAUCGCUCAGUGCGUUUAUUUUUUGUAUUUUUUGUUCCGGCCGAUUUUCGGUGUGUUUUACCCCAACUGAAGUCGCGGUAUUCAUGCAAGUACCUUUUUAAAUACCAGCAAAGUAUUUGCCACUCUUGCGAAGACAAUAAACAUGUCCGCUUUGUUCGCCUGUAAUUAUUACACCUGGUGGAUGACGGUGUUGUUGGUUUUUUUGGUGUUGUAUUGCAUAUUCGAAGUGCAUUACUUCGCUAGGACCCUGUACUGUGCGAUAUCUUCAUGUCUGUUGAAGAAGUACGUGCAUGUCUUGGACACUACUUCUUACUCGUCGGCGUGCAUUACCACGGACGUAGACUUCCUGCUGUUCCAUAUGAAUAACUCGCGGUACCUGAGGGAGAUAGACUUCGCUCGUACCGAGUUUUACAUGAGGACGGGCCUUUGGAAGGCUAUUCGGGACAAGGGCGGGUUACCCGUACAAGGCGGCACCAGCAUCCGGUACCGACGAUUCAUCCGCACCUUCACCGUGUAUAGUAUUUCGUCCCGGAUCGUAUACUGGGACCAAAGUUCCAUUUACAUGGAGCAUCGGUUCGUCAGCCGCGGUGACGACUUCAUUAACGCAAUUGUGCUUUGUCGGAACCGCGUUAUCAAUUGCGAUGUCAACCAACUGAUGGAGGAACUGAUAGCCGAGGGCGCCAAGAAAUGCCCCGGAAAUACAGAAGCGCCCCGAACUAAGCCCGAGUGUCCGUUGGAGGUUCACCACUGGAUCCAAUCGAACUUGGUGUCCAGCGCCAACCUGCGGAACAGCAACUGAUAGUCUGCGCUGGUAAUUUCACAGAGAUUUUUUGGUGAAACGUCACAAAUGGUCAUGAACACCACGAGGAUCGUACGUGUUGUAACGGGACGACCACUCGGAAGACCGACAGCUGCAGAGCCGAGACAUCAGAAUAUGUUUGUGUUAUUAAAAUAUUAUUUAUUGUCGACUGAGAAUUUGCAUUUUAGUUUAGCACAGUAAGACUUAUGAUAUUUAAUAAUUUUUUUUUUAUGCUCCAGCUGGCGGCGAGUGUGUGUGUGUAUGUUUUGAAUGUUUAAUAAGAAAACAUUGUUAUGAUUUGUGCACAAUACACACGCGCUUGCCUAAGGCCAUCGGUUGAUCGGUGUGCGGAAUGUAAACCGGGGCCCCUUUAAACGGCUAUUUUGAAAUAAUCCGUGAAAAAACGGCCUAAGAAUGGAAGGGCAGACAAAUGUAAUCGAUUCAUAUUUGAUCAAUAGUAUUAAAAAGCGACUGAAUAUCUUCUAGUCUUUUGAAGCGACUUAUUGUUGUCUGCGCUAAUUAUUCGCAAAUAGGUUUUCAUUUUUUAAUGCCGGCUGUUAUGACGUCUGAGAAUCUGACGAGAUUAUAGAAGAAUGAGAUAUGAGGCUUGGGGUCCGUUAGACUAAAUUUUUUCACUCUGGAAACAUCAAAUAAUUUUUUUUUUUUAAGUAAUAAAGAUUUAUGAUUACCUAACACAUGACCGCCACCGCGCCGAUCUCAAUCACUUAUAUUGUCAUAAAUGUAAAGAUAUUGUGAUAUUAAUACCGUAGCGUUUUUUUUUUUUUAUUGUGAAUUUUUAUUAUAUGUACAAUUAUUUUAUAUUAGAGCGCGUGAAUAAUAGAAACGUGCUAGUUUAUGUUUUACGCUGUCGCAAGGGCAUUGACGUCGUGUAAUGUUUAUGUAUUAUGUUGUUGAAUUAUUACUAAGGAAAGAAAAUUUACAAAUUGUAUGUAAACCAUUACUAUAAUAUAGCCCGUGUGUUUACGCCUUAAAGAA